AUGCAGGAAACAGCUAUGGUUUUCUGUAAGAAGGGCAUUACCAUUUUAAGCAGCAAAAAGAAGGUCGAAUUUUUACAAGCCUUGAAAAAUGCCGACUCGGAUAUUAGAUUCAACUUUAUAACAAAAUCUCAGGAAGACAAAGACAAAGAGAAUAUUUCCACACUUUGUAAAGAGUUUUUAGCAAGUGGGAACGGCAAGAUUCUUGGUGUCUUUACCAAGGAAUUGGAUAGAAAUUCUGAAACAGUUUUCUCAAAGUCUGUUUUGACUGCCUUUAAAUCGAAAGCUACUGAACUCGUCGAUAGCUCCACUUUCUUUAGUCAAAUUUUUGGUGUUAAGGGCACCAAGGAGAUUCAAUUGAUGAAGAAAGCCUGUGAAGCCACUUGCAUUCUCUUUUCGAAACACCUUAAGGAGAAGAUUAUGGAUGUCAUAGAUGAAGACAGG